GGGAGAUAACGCAACUGCAGGAAUCCGCCUUGUGGCUGAGAUAUUAUUACGAGUGACAGAAGGACAGUCUGGCUUUAAGAAGCAGAUUACUGAAUGACACGUGAUUUUAGUAGCGAUAACGAAAUGUUAGACUACUGACGUUACUUGAGUAUCAUGACAUUAAUUACAAUUACCGUUAAUAAGGUUCAGGCCUAGAGCGAUAAAGGAAGGUAACAAAUAUAGGUUGUGUGUGUGGUAACUGCAGACACAAUCAAACGGAAGGUAAUGAAAUUUAAUCAAUGGGAGCGAUGAAAAGAAGACUACAAUAAAUUCUCGUGUUGUAUGUUUUUUCCCUUUGUUUCGGUCAUCUUAGGAAAACAAUUGGGAGACAAACAUGCAGCUUGAGAUGCUUGUGCUACUACUUUUUUGUAUGCUGCAUUAUGUGCUGGGAAAACCUGCACCACCAUACGCUGGAUCAACUGUCAAGAAAAGUGAUGAAAACCAAGAAGUGAAUGGAAGGGGAAUACAAUUAGUAGAUGCCGUCCAAAAACCGCAUUCAAAUUCCCAGGUCAUUAAAGAACCAAUGGCAGGGCAUGAAGUAAAAGAUAAAAUCCAGGUGAUAAACAAACAUGCAGUGGAAGAACUUCUAGUAAAUAGUAAUAAGGACAAUAUAGUGAAAAACAAAAAUCCAGGUAUAGACCUUGGUCUGAAAAGCUUGGUAAAAGAUGCUGUUGAUGAUGGUGAUGUAGCCAAACUAGGUAAGGAAGGUGAUGCAGCUGUGAAGUUUGUGAAGAUUCCAGAUGGUGUAAAAAAACUGGAUGUAGAUAAAUUGCGACCAGUCGAUCAUAUGGAUGCAGUGAAAAUGGAGCAAGAUGGGCAUAUAAAUAAAGACUAUCACCGUGAGAUGUUUCUUGGCAACCAUGAGGAGUUUGAAAAUAACCAUUAUGAAGAAGCAGAAUCCAAACUCAAGGACAUUGUGUACAAGGUGGACACUGAUCAGGAUAGCCUGCUAAGUGUAACUGAACUUGAAGCAUGGGUUUUGAAGAAGAUGGAAGAACAUUUUGCUGAGGCUAUGGAGGAAAAUGAGGAGAUUUUUAAGCAUCUUGACCCUGAUGGCAAUGGAAAGGUUCACUGGAAGGAAUACUAUGUCCAUUUCCUACUAGCCAAAGGCUUUGAAAAGCAGCAAGCUGAGCAGCAUGUUGUGGAUUAUGACCAGAUUGUGCUCGAUCCAGAUUCUAAAGAAGAACUGAUUCGGUACAAGUUCCGCUGGUCAGAUGCUGAUACUGAUCCUCUCGACAAUGAGUUAACACGAGAGGAAUUUAUGUCUUUCCGACAUCCUGAACAGAGUGAUAAGACACUCAACAACAUGGUCAUAAGCAUUAUGAGUGGCAUUGAUGCAAAUGGUGAUGGAGUAAUAACAGAAGAUGAGUUCACAGCACUGCCUCCUGGUGAAGUUGAAGGAGAAGAAUUUCAAGCAAUGGAUCGAAACUGGCAGAAGGAGCGUCGUGAGGAAUUUCGCAAGUCAAUGGAUCUUGACCAUGAUGGCAAAGUUGUAAAAGAUGAGCUGAAGAAAUACCUUGAUCCUCGAAAUCCUGUUCAAGCAUUCAUGGAGGCCAAAAAUAUAAUGUCAUUCAUCGAUGAUAACCAUGAUGGUAUGCUGUCAAUGGAAGAGAUCCUACGCCAUAAGGAUAUUUUUAUAUCCAGCAAGGUCAUGAAUUUUGCUGCUAAUGUUCAUGAUGAGUUUUAGCUCUGAAAGACUGUGAUGAAAUAAUUACUACUGCUCAUCAUUUGUAGUUUAGAUGAUGACAUGUGCUAACAUGAAUGUGUGAAGAGAUUAAAGACACCUGUGUAUAUUUGUUAGACUGUUGUAAUGUCUAUUCAUUCUGUAUUCCAAUUGCAACUUGUUCUUUGGUAGUGACAUGGUUCAUUGUCUCACCCUAACAUGACAAUGUUUUUUUUGUGUUGUGUUGAUAUCUUACAGAGCCUAAAUAACAGUGUCCUAAGAGUGAAGACUGCAAUCCUAAAUGCAAUGUACAACUUGUUUUUAACAUGUUUUCUGUUUGCAGUUUGCAAUUAAACUGAAAUAUUAGCCAUCCUCUGCUACUGUUACCUUUCCUGGGGGGUCUUUCUGAGACAGUCCCAUGGUGUUAUCAUCAACACAGGGUUACCUAUUGAUUCUCAUCAAUGCAAUGAAGUCCAUCUUCCUUGGAAAAGUAGUACAACUCGUGUAAAUGAAUUUUAGUCUUCAGUUAUUUUAUCACCAGUUUAUACUUUUUUUAUAUAGAGCUACAGGAAUGGAAUAAACACAUGAAACAUUAACAACCUUUAGAAUAAUAUUGUUUUGAUAAAGACAGAUGGGAUAAAAGUAGAUAUUUCCCAAGUACAUUUAAUUUUUUUUAGCAAAAUGGGUUAAUGUUGCAGCCAAUAAAUACAGGAAAUACUUGAUCUGUACAUAUCAUUUAGUGCUGAAUAAAGUACAUUUCUAAUUCCUCUG